AGAACGCGCAUACGCCUGUUUUGUUUUGUUUUGUUUGUUUUUAAUUAAGCCCUUUGUUAGUCUCUCUAAUUCGCAAGAAAUCUUUAAAUUAAAUUUUUUUUAAAAUAAUUUAUUGUUCAAAUCUCUGUGUCUCUCUCUGUUCAGUUGGUCAUCGUCAUCGUCGAAGAUUAGAGUUUGAGAUCUGAUGCGAAGAUGAGCCGCCAGCACCGACUGGACCCGCCGGAGUACAACCGCGCCGGCGGAGGAGCAGCCAUGGCAGCGGCUGAGGAGGAACCCUACAACAUUAUCCCGAUCCAUAACCUACUGGCGGAGCACCCGUCUCUUCGGUUCCCCGAGGUUCGCGCCGCCAUGGCUGCCCUCCGUGCCGUUGGCGACCUCCGCACGCCGCCGUUUAUCCAGUGGCACGAUGGCCUUGAUCUUGUCGACUGGCUCGGCGCCUUCUUCGGCUUCCAGCGUGACAACGUCCGGAACCAGCGCGAGCACCUGGUGCUUCUCCUUGCUAACGCUCAGAUGCGGCUACAGCCGCCGCCGGACAACAUCGACACUCUCGACCCCGGUGUUGUUCGGCGCCUCCGGCGCAAGCUGCUUCACAACUACACCUCCUGGUGCGCCUACCUAGGCCGCAAAUCUCACGUCUGGGUCCCUGACAACCCUGCACGGCGCUCCUCUGAUGCCCCGCGCCGUGACCUCCUGUAUUCCUCCCUCUUUCUCCUUGUCUGGGGCGAGGCUGCAAACGUCCGCUUUGUCCCUGAGUGCCUCUCCUACAUCUUCCACUGCAUGGCCAUGGACCUCAACCGCAUCCUCGAGGGCUACAUCGACGACAACGGCCGCCCCGCCCUCCCCGCCGUCUCCGGCGAUGGUGCGUACCUUGCCCGCGUCAUCACACCUCUGUACAAAGUCAUCAAGGCCGAGGUCGACUCCAGCCGCAACGGCACCGCCCCACACUCCGCCUGGCGGAACUACGAUGACAUCAAUGAGUACUUCUGGUCUCGUCGUUGUUUCGAUCGACUACGAUGGCCUCUCGAUCUCUCAACGAACUUCUUCGCUCCCCCGCCCAACCGGAAACGCGUCCGCAAGACUGGCUUCGUUGAGCAACGCUCUUUCUGGAACAUCUACCGAAGCUUCGAUCGCCUCUGGGUCAUGCUCAUACUCUUCCUCCAGGCCGCUACCAUCGUCGCUUGGGAGGGUAACACUUAUCCCUGGCAAGGCCUACGCAGUCGCGAUGUCCAGGCCCGUGCUCUGACCGUGUUCAUCACCUGGGCUGCUCUCCGAUUCUUCCAGUCCAUUCUCGACGCUGGCACUCAGUACAGCCUCGUCUCCCGUGAGACCCCGUGGCUUGGCCUCCGGAUGGUGCUUAAAAGCGUCGUCGCCACUGGCUGGACCAUCGCCUUUGGUGUCCUCUAUGCUCGUGUCUGGGACCAGCGCAACCAUGACCGUCGCUGGUCCCCGACUGCGAACCAGCGACUCGUCAACUUCCUCAUGGCUGCCGGGGUGUUCAUCCUUCCUGAACUGCUAGCUCUCUUGCUCUUUAUCCUUCCCUGGGUUCGCAACUUCCUUGAGAAGACCAACUGGCGGAUAUUCUACGUGCUCACUUGGUGGUUCCAAAGCCGCACUUUUGUUGGCCGUGGUCUGAGAGAGGGGCUGCUCGACAACAUCAAGUAUGCUUUGUUCUGGGUUUUGCUUCUUGCUGUCAAGUUCAUCUUCAGCUACUUCCUCCAGAUCAAGCCGAUGGUGAAGCCGAGCAAGGAGAUCUUCAAUCUCACCAAUGUCCACUACCAGUGGCAUGAGUUCUUCUCCCGAACCAGCAGGUUCGCUGUCAUUCUUCUCUGGGUGCCUGUUGUGCUAAUAUAUUUAAUGGACAUACAGAUCUGGUAUUCGAUCUUCUCAUCACUUGUUGGAGCUUUGGUGGGGCUGUUCUCUCACUUGGGUGAGAUUCGGAAUGUUGAACAGCUAAGGCUCAGGUUCCAGUUCUUCGCUAGUGCAAUGCAGUUUAAUUUAAUGCCAGAGGAGCAGCUGUUCCAGGAUAGGGGCACCUUGAAAAGCAAGUUUAAGGAUGCCAUUCAUCGGCUGAAGUUGCGGUAUGGUCUUGGGCGGCCGUACAAGAAGAUUGAGUCAAACCAGGUGGAGGCAAACAGAUUUGCUUUGAUAUGGAAUGAAAUCAUUGCCACAUUCAGAGAGGAGGAUAUUAUAAGUGAUUGUGAAGUGGAGCUUCUUGAGUUGCCACCUACCCACUGGAACAUUCGUGUGCUCAGGUGGCCUUGCUUCUUACUAUCUAAUGAAUUGCUGCUUGCUCUUGGCCAGGCGAAGGAGCUGGAGCAUACGGACAAGGGGCACUGGAGGAAGAUAUGCAAGAGUGAGUAUAGGCGGUGUGCUGUUAUAGAGGCUUAUGACAGUGUCAAGCACUUGCUACUUGAGAUAGUCAAGGAGAACACUGAAGAGCAUUCCAUCAUAACUCAGAUAUUUUUUGGGUUUGAUGAUGCCAUUCGUGUGGGGAAGUUUACUGUGGAGUAUAAGUUGGCAGUUUUAGAGAGUAUUCACUCCAAGCUGAUAGUUCUUCUGAAGUUACUGAUCAAUCCAAAGAAAGAUUUGAACAAGGUGGUUAAUACCUUGCAGACCCUAUAUGACUUGGCAAUUCGUGAUUUUCCAACACAUAAGAAGAAUAUUGAGCAGCUGAAGGAGGCUGGAUUGGCGCCACAGAGGCCGAGUGGAACUGGCCUUUUAUUUGAGAAUGCAGUGGAAUUGCCCCCUGUCGACAACUCAAAAUUUUAUACACAAGUAAGGAGGUUGCAGACAAUCCUCACCUCCAGAGAUUCCAUGAACAAUGUACCCAAGAAUCUGGAAGCCAGGCGCCGCAUAGCUUUCUUUAGCAAUUCCUUGUUCAUGAACAUGCCCCGAGCACCCCAAGUUGAGAAGAUGUUGGCUUUCAGUGUUCUGACUCCAUACUACAAUGAGGAAGUCACCUACAGUAAGGAAAACCUUAGGAGUGAGAAUGAAGAUGGUGUUUCAACCAUAUUCUACUUGCAGAAGAUUUAUGAAGAUGAAUGGGUGAAUUUUUUGGAACGCAUGCGGAGAGAAGGGGUUGCUAAUGAAAAUGAGAUAUGGAGUGGGGAAAGGUUGAGAGAUCUCAGGCUUUGGGCCUCAUACAGAGGCCAGACACUAAGCCGAACUGUGAGAGGAAUGAUGUAUUACUACAAGGCCCUCAAGAUGCUUGCUUUUCUUGAUACUGCUUCAGAGGUUGAAAUUAAGGAAGGGUCAAGGGAAUUAGAUACAUUUGGUGAUUCUAUGAGGCGUGACAAUGUGGGAGAUGGUAUGGAGGAUAGGUCUUCAUCCUCACGGAAUUUAAGCAGAGCAAGCAGUGGAGUGAGCUUAUUAUUCAAGGGUCAUGAGCAUGGGACGGCAUUGAUGAAAUUUACUUAUGUGGUUGCCUGCCAGAUAUACGGAACUCAAAGAGGAAAGCCAGAGGGUGAGGAGAUUCUGUAUCUAAUGAAGAAUAAUGAAGCUCUCCGUGUUGCCUAUGUUGAUGAAGUCCGCUCAGGCAGGGACGGAGUGGAAUAUUAUUCUGUUCUUGUCAAGUUUGACCAGCAACUGCAGAAAGAGGUGGAGAUAUUCCGGAUCAAGUUGCCAGGACCCUUGAAGCUUGGGGAAGGCAAGCCAGAGAACCAGAACCAUGCUCUAAUAUUCACAAGGGGUGAUGCAGUGCAAACCAUAGACAUGAAUCAAGAUAACUACUUUGAAGAGGCCCUCAAGAUGCGGAAUCUGUUGGAUGAAUACUCACAUACCUAUGGUGCCCGCAAACCCACUCUCUUGGGUGUUCGAGAACAUGUGUUCACUGGUUCAGUCUCUUCGCUUGCUUGGUUCAUGUCUGCACAGGAGACUAGCUUUGUCACCCUUGGUCAGCGGGUUCUAGCAAAUCCUCUCAAGGUCAGAAUGCAUUACGGCCAUCCUGAUGUGUUUGACCGCCUUUGGUUCUUGACUCGAGGAGGUAUUAGCAAAGCCUCUAGAGUGAUCAACAUUAGUGAGGACAUAUUUGCAGGCUUCAACUGCACAUUGCGUGGUGGUAAUGUUACACAUCAUGAAUAUAUUCAAGUGGGUAAAGGACGUGAUGUUGGUUUGAAUCAGAUAUCGAUGUUUGAAGCAAAGGUUGCUAGUGGCAAUGGUGAACAGGUUCUGAGUAGAGAUGUGUACAGAUUGGGUCACAGAUUGGACUUCUUUCGGAUGCUCUCCUUCUUCUACACAACUGUGGGAUUCUAUUUUAACACAAUGGUGGUGGUGUUGACUGUGUAUACUUUUGUUUGGGGCCGCCUUUAUUUGGCUCUCAGUGGCCUUGAGGAGUCGAUCAAACAAAGGGCUAACUCUACCAACAAUACAGCCCUCGGUACUGUUUUAAAUCAGCAGUUUAUCAUUCAACUUGGACUUUUCACUGCCUUGCCAAUGAUUGUGGAGAACUCUCUUGAACAUGGAUUCCUGCCGGCAGUGUGGGAUUUCUUGACAAUGCAGCUACAGCUGGCGUCCAUGUUCUACACCUUCUCUAUGGGAACCAAAAGCCAUUAUUUUGGCCGAACAAUCCUUCAUGGGGGUGCCAAAUAUCGUGCUACUGGCCGUGGGUUCGUUGUGCAACAUAAGUGUUUUGCUGAGAAUUAUAGGCUCUAUGCCCGCAGCCAUUUUAUAAAAGCUAUAGAGCUUGGGGUGAUAUUGACGGUCUAUGCAUCUUAUAGCGCCAUCUCGAAGGACACUCUUGUCUACAUUAUCAUGACAAUUUCGAGUUGGUUUCUGGUUGUGUCUUGGAUUAUGGCUCCUUUUGCAUUCAACCCAUCAGGUUUUGAUUGGUUGAAAACUGUUUAUGAUUUUGAGGACUUCAUGAACUGGAUUUGGUACCCUGGUGGUGUGUUUACAAAAGCUGACCAAAGCUGGGAGACAUGGUGGUAUGAGGAACAAGAUCAUUUGAGAAUGACUGGCCUUUGGGGCAAGUUAUUGGAGAUUGUGCUUGACCUCCGUUUCUUCUUUUUCCAAUAUGGAAUUGUGUACCAGCUUAAUAUUGCUGAUAAAAGCACCAGCAUUGCUGUAUAUCUGCUUUCUUGGAUUUGUGUGGUUGUUGCUGCUGGAAUUUUUGUGUUGAUGGUUUAUGCUCGAGAUAAGUAUGCUGCCAAGGAACACAUCUACUAUCGAGCUGUCCAAUCAUUCGUCAUCAUCCUUGUCAUUCUGGUGAUUAUUAUCUUACUUAAGUUCACCAAUUUUAAGUUGAUUGAUAUCUUUACAAGCCUUUUGGCAUUUAUACCCACUGGCUGGGGUCUAAUAUCCAUUGCCCAAGUGAUAAGACCAUUUAUAGACUCCACAGUUGUGUGGGAUACUGUGGUUGCUGUGUCUCGAUUAUAUGAUAUACUAUUUGGGGUGGUUGUCAUGGCUCCAGUUGCAUUAUUGUCCUGGUUACCUGGAUUCCAGUCAAUGCAGACAAGGAUUCUCUUUAAUGAAGCUUUUAGCCGCGGCCUUCAAAUAUCACGGAUUAUAACCGGCAAAAAAUCUAAUAUUGACUAGUGAGGUCCAGAGCAGUUUUAGUUAGCGGUAGGGCGCCGUGCAGUUUCUUUUGUACAGCUGCUGUAUUUCUGUGUGCUCCCUUCUGGUUUUGCUUCUAUUUUGUUAAUGUAUUCAUCACUUAGUCUUAUUCUACUGAGUUGGUUUUUUCGUAUUCA